GGGCUCCCGUAGAAAAACACCGUGACGUGGAUGAGCUCUUGAAGAAAAUCAGGAUAAUCUACGUAACGGUCCAUCCUCAUCCUCCCUCCCGAGCAGCGGCUCAGUCUGUGUCCUCUUCAUCCGCAAAACCGAGAGCCAUGGCCGCGCAGAAGAUCAACGAGGCUCACGAUCACAUCGCCAAAGCCGAGAAAUGCUUGAAGACCAGCAUGACCAAGUGGAAACCUGAUUAUGAUGGAGCCGCUUCAGAGAUGGCAAAAGCAGCUGUGGCUUUCAAAAAUGCAAAACAGUUUGAACAAGCGAAGGAUGCGUACCUGAAGGAGGCAGAGUACCACACAGAAAACAAAGCACUCUUCCAUGCAGCAAAAGCGUAUGAACAGGCCGGCAUGAUGCUGAAGGACAUGAAGAAAAUGCCUGAGGCCAUACAGCUGAUCGAGAAGGCCAGCAUCAUGUACGUGGAGAACGGGACAUCUGGCACUGCUGGAAUGGCCUUGGACAGGGCUGGGAAACUCAUCGAGCCGAUUGAUCUUGAGAAAGCUGUGGAUUUGUACCAGAAGGCUGCAUCUGUGUUUGAGAAUGAAGAUCGUCUCAGACAGGCCGCAGAGCUUCUGGGAAAAGCCUCCAGACUUCUGGUGAGACUGCGCAGGUUGGAUGAGGCCGCUGUUUCCCUUCAGAAAGAGAAGAACAUGUACAAGGAAAUUGAGAACUACCCGACCUGCUUUAAGAAAACCAUCGCUCAAGUGCUGGUUCAUCUCCACAGAGGUGACUUUGUGGCUGCAGACAAGUGUGUCAGAGAAAGUUACAGUCUCCCAGGGUUCAGUGGGAGCGAGGACUGUGUUUCAAUGGAGACGUUACUGGCGGCGUAUGACGAGCAGGAUGAGGAUCAACUGUCACGCGUGUGCAACUCACCUUUACUGAAGUACAUGGACAAUGACUAUGCCAAGCUGGCGAUCUCUCUGAAGGUACCAGGUGGAGGCGGGGGGAAGAAGAAGAAACCUCCCGUUGCUCCUCAAGGGGGCAGUGCCGGUCUGCCACCGGCCGAGGAAGAAGAUGAUUACGAGGGAGGUUUGUGUUAACUGAGAGAACGGCCGACUCCUCCAUCCAUGUGUGUGUGUGUGUGUGUGAACGAGCAUAUCAGUGUUUCCUCCCUUUGUGUAAAGUGGAGUCAUUCCUGAGGAAUUCUGUUCCUGUCUGUCCCGCCUGUAGGAGCGUCCAGAUUUCUGUGCGUUUACGCAUUAGACAAACAGAAAAACCUACACACAUGGGCCGUGGAUGCCAGUUUUAACAUAUUUAAUGCUGAAGAGGUUCAUUUCUUUGCCAUUAGCUGCACCAAAUGCAAUGGAGCGCUGCAGUGAUGACGUAUUUUUUAAGUCAGCGUCAGCCUGGAUUAUUUGACAAAAACCAACAGGAUUUUUCCAUCCGCUUUUGGAUUACUGCAGAAAAUAAGCUCUGUGAGCAACAGAAGUUCAUAAUUCUUACACAUUUUGCUCAUCAUGAUAAUCUUUACCAUUUUUAUGAAUUCUGAUGCCUAAAUACAAUCAGCAGAAUUAAAAAGCUAAAUGUAGGCUAUAAACAUUUAUAUUAAAGCUUUACCUCUUUCUGUUUUCAUUUGAAAACAGUUUCACUGAAAGUUUGAGAUUGAAUAGUUUGCAAGAGCGUGAUUAUAAGCACAACCAGGCUGUUAAGUUGACUAGUGAGUAGAUCGAUUUUACACGUUUGGCACAGGAUUAUUAUAGUUAACUAAAAAAAAAAUCAUAAAAAAAAUAUUACUUGAAUUAAAAAAAAUCAUUUUAUUUCUGCUGGCUGUCAAGGCAACAUUUCUCAUUUUCAUUUAGUUUAGACAACUAAAACUGAAAUAAAAAAUAUAUAAACAUACGUUUAAAAACCACAAAAACAAAUAAAAUUACAAAAACACAACAAAAUUAUGAAUAGUUUAACUAAAAUUAAAAUAAAAGCAGAAAAUAUAAAAAUAAAAUGAUUCAAAAUAUUGACUAAAACUAUAUUAAUAUGUCCCUGAUACUCAAAUAACACUGGAUCGAUGUGUCGUUUAAUAUCCCGACAACCUCUGUAGUCCUGUUUAGACGCAUUAUCGACCACCUUUUUCAAGACAAUUAAGUUUUGUUUUUUUGUUUUUUGUUUUUUUUAAUGACAAAUGUUACUACCAGUGUUGGGGAAAGUUACGUUUAAAGGUAAUGUAUUACAAUAUUGCGUUACUUCAUAAAAAGUAACUAUUGCAGUUACUUUUGCAUUACAUUACUUUUCUUACUUUUUGUCACCUGAGCUGGGUUUGCUUAUUUAUUUUUAAUAAUAAAUAUAUUUUUGGUAACUGUAAAGGCCCUUUCGCACCAAAAGUGAAAUAAAUAAGCCUCAGGCUGAAGGAAGUGCCUUUGCACUUACUCCCAGUUUCUCUCAACACAGGACAGGAGAGCUGUCAGUCAAUAAAUUAGAACACAAAAAGUUACUCAGAUAUUUUCUUGUAAAUUUAAAAGUAAUUUGUUACUUUACUAGUUACUUGAAAAAAGUAAUCUGAUUACAUAACGUGCGUUACUUGCAAUGCGUUACCCCCAACAUUGGUUACUGCUAAUUAUAUGAUGUCCAAUAAAAUGUGAAAAUAUCUUGUUAAUCCACAUCCCUUAUUUCAGGCAUUUAAAUGAUGAAUAUGUACAGAAACUCUCAUUUUCCGGUUUUGGGCUACAAAAAUCCAUCAUCUUUUUUUUUAGCACUUUAUUGACUGCAGUGUUUAAAUUAAGUUACAAACACUCGUCUUCCAUUGGUCAAACUCUCAGAUUGUCCCGCCCCCAAACUCAGACCAUUGUUGAACCUGUAAAUUAUAAGCACUGGAAGUUUUUGAUGUGUGUGUGUGUCUAUGUGUGUGAUCAUGUUGCUGCAUAAAUUAUGUUUGUAAAUGUUUUAAUUUAAUAAUGAAAAUGUGUAGUUGUGUACAGAAUCUGUUAAUUAUUUUAAUUUGUGAACAGUCUGUGAUGUCAAAGUGAUGUUAAAUCAGUUAUCAAAUUUGUAAAAUACAAUAAUAUUAUUAUGUACAGUAAUUUAUUGUAAGUGUUGUUGAAAUAUAAACAUCGCUGUGGAGUGAAGCGUCAUGCUGCGUUUCCAAAUAUACAACUUGACAGUCAUAAAGAUGCAAAAAAAUGACUUAAUAAAAUCACAAUCUAUACACUGUU